AUGUUUCUAUUGACUGUUGAAGUUGUGUACGUGCUGCUGCUGCCCUCAGUGCUGGCCGCCCCGCGCGAAGCUCGAGCUUUGGAGAGUGCGCAGAGCUUGAUUGAGCGACAGAAGGCCCGGAUAGAGGAACUUACGGAGACAGUGCUGCUGCUGCAGCAGGGGCGAGGAGACAAAGAGCAGCGGCUGCAGGCAGACCUAGAAAAUUACGUACAUGAAAACCAGAGACUCAGGCUCCAGCUAGACAGCCUCAAGGGGGAGGUGGAGGCCCUAGAUCAACUGCGAAGAAGAGGAGACAAAGAAGUGCAGUCAUUGGUGGAGACAGUUGCUGCAGCAGAAAAAGGCAUUGCUGAAAGAGACGCUCUGAUCAGGCACCUGCAGAGCACCGACAAGACAGCGGAGAAUGAGAGGCUGAAGGAAGAGCAACAGCGGCUGCUACACCGCCUCAAUAAACUUCAGAAACUCGCUGGGACAACAGGAGAAGGUGAAGCAGAUGGUCGGACUCCUCAAGACCUUGCGGGGGACCUUGUGCGGGUUCAGAGAGACAUUGAACUGCACCGCGGCACCACGCGACAACUCGGCAACACCAUUGAAGAACUCAGGAUUUCAAAGAUGUGCCUCGUCCAGUCAGAAGCGAACCUACUGGAGGGUCAGAAGCUGAUAGAAGAGCAACGAGCCGAGAUACAGAGGCUUUAUAAAAUAGUAGAGGCGUUGAAUCGCGAGAAGGCUCUGGUGCCGCCUGUGGUGUUGACUCUGCCUAAGCACUUAAGAGGGGCGGGGGAGGCGCAGCUGGAGGCGCUCUCCAACAAAAUGGGGCUUAUACUACAAGCGUUGGACAGAGAGAGACAGCCUGACGACGACCGCGAAGACAGGACUUCCCUCGCCUUAGUUCAGCAGCGCAUGUUCGAGGAGCAGCAGGUUAUCCUCAAGAGGCAAGUUUUCAUGCAGUCUCAUAUAUGUCUUCAUGCAUACACUGCUGGAGGGAUUCGAGCGACUCGACGAGCGUUUUUGGGGACGGGGGGAAUCCGUGAGACAAUACAUGAGCAGCUGGAGUGUAGCCCUUCUUGUCUCCGGGUAGCAGUUUAUGUAUCUAGGCACCCGGUAGGCAUCAAGGUAGGGGAGGACGCAGGGCUAUUGCUUUCUGAGUACCAGACGUGUGCGCGCAUGCUUAUGCAGUGGAGAACAGAUGGGUCUUUUUUCUAUUCGGGGACGGUGCUGCAUGCGGUGAUUGAGGCAGAAGAGGAAGAGGCAGACUACCGCGAAAAGUGA